GCUCCACGUGAUAAGACGUUAAACUCAAGCUGAGCUUUCUGUCGACAGCAAACAAACCAACUGUUUAGCAAGAACAGUAUUUUAUGUCAGUGUUAGUUUUAAUUCAUAGUGUAUAGUGACCUGUCCGCCGAUAGUGUCCAAGAACUGACCGGCUUCCUAUCAACCUACCUUUGAAACCGGUUUCUCUAACCAUAUUGUGUCAUAAUCAGAGUCGAGCAUAAAUCAGAAACAUGAGGGACGAGCGCGCCGGGCCGCCGCGUGUCCGCAUCGCCGUCAUCGGAAGCUCUCGCGUCGGAAAAUCGGCUUUGAUCGUCCGGUAUCUAACAAGGAGAUACAUUGGAGAAUAUCAUUCGAAUACAGAUCUCCUGUACAAACAGACAGUGCCAAUUAAUGGCAUGCCAGUCGAACUUGAGGUCAUUGACGUCUCCGGGUCCAACACUGACAAGUUUCCAGCAGAACAGAUACAAUGGGCAGACGCGUGUCUGUUAGUUUACUCCGUAACGGACAGAAGCAGUUUUGAAUAUGCUACAGAAGUAUUGAACACAUUAAAGAAAAACCCACCACACGGCAGCCCUGCGCAUGGUGCGCCCUCUGCCGCUAUGCCUCUCGCACUACUCGGGAACAAGACUGACUUGGAUCACUUAAGACAGGUGCCAACGAAGGAGGGUCAGGCGAUGAGCCAGGCGCACGGCGCGUCAUUCAGCGAGGCGAGCGUGGCCGACAACUCGGGAGACCUCUAUCGCUGCGUUGACCGCCUACUGGCCGACGUACGCCUGCCUCAGCGCACCAGGAAGUUCUCGGUCACCAAGAUGCUCGGUUCUCUAAUAGGAACUACAACGAACUCCAGCGGCACGAGUCGCAGCGGGUCUGUAGUGGCGUGCCCACGCGUACCGGCGCCGUCGCGACCUCCCUUGGCUGCCGCCGCGCCCUGACCGCGCUGAUGUCUAGCCGGUGCCUGGCUGGCCUGCCUUCCAGUGCCCUCGAGAUUCACCUCCCCCACACCACUCUCAGCGGGCAUUUAAACAAACUUUUGGUGAAGAAAGACGAAGUGUGACCAGUUUACUGGUUACAUUAUGUAUUGUUAAUGGUGGUAAAAAGCAUAGUGGUAUCUGUUCUAGAAACUACGCUGUUAGAAAUAUUGAAUUGUACCAUAUUUCUAGCACAGUCACUAGUGUGUGGGUAAUUCAACCCGUUUUGGUGCCUAACAUCAUAUUGUGAGUUGUGUCUCUGACACAGCAAAUGCUUGCAAGACUAUGCACCAAGUAGAGUUGCAUUAUCUAUGAAAUGAACGAAACAAAGAUGAGAAGCAUAAUAUAAGGGAACGUUACAAGGUAAUGUCAGUGGUAUAUGGGGAGGAGAUGUGGGCUUUUUUUACCAAACAAUUUGGUAACUAGUCAUUAAGAUAUGAACUCUAAGUGUCGGUGCAGUUAGAGCUUUAUUGUGUAUCGCUUCAGUUGGAUUAUAUAUGUGUAUGAUUGAGUUAUAAAUGUGAAUGUAUUGCCACAUAUUGUUGUCUCUGUUUUUUCAUAGAGCAUGAAAGGGAUGACAAAUGUGUCAACGAUAACUGCAGUCGAAAUCCAGAGUAACAAAUAUUGUUGACUAUGUAUAUGUUAUUACGUUCCAUUUUGUAAUUAUGACAAUAAUUAUGCAAAAAUUAAUAUGAACGUAUAUCUUUGUAAAUAUAGCAUUCGCCAGUAGCUAAAUGAAAUUAAAACAAAGGUAAUAGAAUCCAAUUUUGAUGUUGAAAUAUUUUUAAGUGCUAUAAAUAUUGCAAUUUAAAAUAAAUAAUAGAGUCAAUGAUAUUAUUCCUCAUUUCAUUGGUAAUUAAAAAUAUAGAAUCAAACUUUAUAGGUUAUAUAUUUGUGACAUGGCUGCGUAUAGCUAUAAAAGUACAGUAGGCUUCGCUUGCGGUAAUCUACAUUUAAAUCGAUAAUUGUUUGAACUUCUUUUACACCUAGAAACCUUUAUACAUGAACAGACUGCAGUAUUUGAAUAUCCAAGGCGAGAAGGGGUAAAUUUAAAAUUCAGCACUAGUUGCUAUGCAACUUUGCGGUUACUUGUAACACAGUAAACGAAGGCGACUGUACCAAUGUGCCAAAGAAAUAUCAAUGUGCGUUUAUAUCUUUAUACAUUAUAAAUGUUUUGAUUGUAUAUAAAAUACUAUAUAGUCAUUUAAAUUACCCUCUUUAUAUACCAAAGAUGUAAUUAUUUUUUUCUUUUUUAAUAUAUUAUCUAGGCAAAGAGACGCAAUAGUACAAAAAAGAAUUUUGGAAUACUUUAAAAGCUAUUUCCUAUACAUAAUAAAUGAUAUUAUAAUCACUGACACUGUUUUUAAAUAUUGUAUUGUAUGGUCUUAAAUCUGGAAAUUUAAAUUCUACUGAAUUGUUUAGAAUCUAUGUCUAUCUAUCCAAUCAAAAUUAUAAAAUCUGAUAGAAUUUUGGUAGUAUAUCAAUUUUGUUAGUAAAUAUUUUGUUAAACCAUCAUUAUUUUGUAAAAUAACGUAGAAAACAAAAUUAACAAC